AUAUGGUUAUCUUUGUGGACAGAAAUGCAAUUGCGGCAAAAAUGUCUCCUGCGACAAAAGAUAUGGUUGUGUUGACCAAGAAUGUCCACCUGGAUCAUUUGGGGACAACUGUUCAGAGGAAUGUCCACUCGGCUUUUAUGGUCACUUUUGUGAGGGAAAUUGCACAUGUAAUGACUACUGUGAUAAGCAAUAUGGCUGUGUGCAAACAACAAGUGAGACAGGUAAACUGUACUCCACUGAUAUCCAGUCGUCACAGUCACAGCAAGUCACAGGUAAAUCAGCUUUGCCUUACUGUCAAGAGAAUACUUCCAGUCUUCCUUUCUUCCCCACAAUAUUAUUUCUGUUAUUGGCGGUCAAGGGCAAAAAGUUGGACCUUAUAUUCAUGUCCUCUUCCGGCGAAUACAAUUGCUUUGGAAACAGCACAAGAGGAUGACUACACCUUGCUAACAGACAGGAUACAGCUACCUCGCUGUGAAAUGAACGGAAGAUAA